AUGUCUCGAAACACCUACUACCAAGCGCGAGGAGCAGGCCAGCCGCUCGGCGGGCAUCGCCCUGCCGAACCCUCAGAGCCUCACACCGACAAGCGAUCCCUCACCUGCCUCGUCGCCGCCCUCGUCGGGUUCGCAUGCGUGCAAGCCAACACCUUCCGCAAGAGCCCCGAGAAGCUCCCAAUCACCCUCGCCAUCGACCCCACCCUGUUGGCGUUUCCGACCCCCACGGAACUCCUCUACGGCCUGCGGGCGCUCGGCUACCGCCUCUGCCAGCACCUCCCGCUGCGCGGCAUCCAAGUCUGCGAGGUGCUGCCGUACCGAUCCCCAUGGGCGGUCGUGACGGACGAGGCGGCGGUGAAGCAUGUGUGGACGGGACUGUUUUGGCUGGCGUUGGUGGGAGGGAUCGCUGCGGGGCCUGUUUGGAUGGUCGUGCGGCAUCGGCGGGUCGUGGGGGAGUAUGCGUUCCCGGUCUUGCAGGGGAUUGCAUUCGGGGCGCUGUUGUUUAGUAGUUCGAUAGAGGGGAACAACCUUACAUGUUGUGGAACAGCGCAACUCCUGGUGGCCAAAAACGCGCUGUCGAAUGUGAUGGAUUGA